AUGCCACCGAAUGACGGCGGAGCGGACGGAACUGAAGUGAACUACGCCGUCGCAGCGUCAACCAAGUUGAAGUGUCAUCUAAACGAGGUACUGAACGUCCUUGUGAGUCAGAAGACAAGCGACUAUGGGGCGACGAUGCAGGCGUUGAGUGGUAAGAGAUUCGAACGAGGAGAAGUGCUGUAUCGCGAACGGUGUCGUCUUGUCCCCAACGGAGAAAAGCGUACCGGGACGCAAGCGCUUCUGGGCGUACAGAUGGCCGCGCUCCGUCCAAGUUGGCAGCUCCGCUUAACUCCGAGUCAUCUCUGUCAUCCGGAGCAUCCGAGUUCACAGAGACUGUGCUUUGCGUCGCUAACACAUCGAUAUCCAGAGGCGGAUCGGGCGGUACACGUCAUGAAGACGUUACCCAAGCGAGUGCACGACCAGAUUAUCCCUCGAGAGUAUCGUUCGGCUCUUCGACGGGAGGUAGAUCACCUCGGAGUUGCCUUUGACAUCGCGUCUAGAGUCGUAGAAGGACGGCAAUGGACACGGACUUUCGUACAUGCGUACGUGGCUUCUCCGAGUCUGGAGAACUCUGGGUUUUCAGAUCAUCGCAAUGGCCGUCCACGUAGUCGGACGUCACCCGAGUUGUGGGAAGACAGAGGGCCCUGUAUCGUCAACUCAGAGGCCAAGCAUGUUGUCGACUUGCUGACGCAGCAACUGACCGAGUUCGAGCGUGUGAUUCGACGUCGUCGCUUGGGUUUCCAGUCGUUCAUCUACUUCCAGCCUUCUACGAGGCUUCAAAGUGACGCGUCGAAUUGCCCUCUGCUGUCUACUAUUUGUCAUAUCUGCGUCAAGCGCUUCUCGCUCUUCCGACGCGAGUUUUACUGCCAGAUCUGCGGCCACGUCGCGUGUGGCGAGUGCUCACAACUCUGUGAAGUCGAAGCGCGAAUCGGCCAAGUGCGUGAGAAUCGCCUGUGUCUUAACUGCAUCGCUCGCGUCGACGCGUGCACGUUCGCGGACGAAGACAUCGUCGCAGCUCUGGGGCCUACAGUCGUGUCUUUGAGGGGCAACACACAGUGGUCUCAGGCUUUCGGACUUGAUGACGAUAGUGAUACCUCGGUCACGCGAGACAGCGUCCAGACUCAACUCGAGCGGUAUCUCAACUACAAACUCCGAGAUGUCGAGCACAAGUAUCCGUCUACGAGCUUGAAGACGGCGGAUCUGGUGCGUGACUACCGCUACACGUUCGAUGCGACCCAAACCACGUACGAAGGACAUCCGCUCCCACCCACGCCGUCUCCGGCACGUGAAGGUCGUCGACUGCACCACAUCCAAGCGUCAGGCGUUCUAGAACCAGAGUACGACCACUCCGCUCUAGAUCUGCUGGCCCAAGUGGCAGCCGAGCGUCUUCACUGCCCCAUUGGCUUCGUGUCGGUCGUGGACGAGGCCUCCUUCUACUCCGUCAGGACGUACCCGCCUCAUACCUUCGACCAGCAGACGUCCAGAACCGAGAGUCUGUGCGCACACACCGUCUACGUGGACAAACCGCUGGUGAUCAAGAACGCACACAGCGACCUCCGCUUCGCGCAACUUGCCGUCGUCCGUGACCACGGUAUUCGCUUCUACGCCGGGUUUCCGAUCCGCGCGUCCGACGGGUCCAUCGUGGCUUCCCUGUGCACUGUGGAUCGCGCUCCACAUCUCAAUAUGUCGACAGCAGACUACGCGAUCAUGCAGACACUGGCAUGUCUCGCGUCUCGCCUGGUCGCGCCUCGGAAUCGCGUGGUGAGUGUUCCGUCUCAGCCUCGAGUGCGUUCCAACUCGAACUGUCGAAUGAAACACACGACACGCAGUCGUAGCCAGAGUCAGAGGAAACGAGAACCCACAGUCACUACAAUGCAGUUAGAAACCAUCCACAGCGGACAAUACUGUGCGUAA